GGCCGGCGCUGGGACGAUGAGGCUCCGGUCUUCGCUGUUUGCUUGCGGCGGCCUCCUGGGACUCCUCUUCGGGAUGGCCGUCUUCCUGCACGGAUUCUUCCCCAGCCCCUUGAAGUCAUUUGGAUCCGCGAAAGCCAAGGUGUCGGAGAUCCCGGGAGAGCCUGCGCUAGGUCUUGCUUCAAACUGGACAAAACUGCCAUCUCCGUUGUUUGGGAAGGUUGUCAUUAUGUUGGUGGAUGCUCUGAGAGAAGACUUUGUGUUUGGACCAAAAGGACGACAGUUCAUGCCAUAUACACGACAUAUGGUUGAACAUGGUUCCUCUCUCAGCUUUAUUGCUAAAGCCUGGCCGCCAACAGUCACAAUGCCCAGAAUUAAGGCAAUGAUGACUGGCAGAAUUCCUGGAUUUAUUGAUGUCAUCAUGAACUUGAAUUCUCCUACUCUGCUGGAAGACAAUUUGAUCUGGCAGGUAAAAAGUGCUGGAAAAAGAAUCAUGUUCUACGGUGAUGACACUUGGAUUCGACUGUUUCCAGAUCACUUUGUAGAAUAUGAUGGGACUACUUCUUUUUUUGUGUCUGAUUAUACUGAGGUGGAUCAUAAUGUAACACGCCAUCUGGACAAUGUAUUAAAAAGAAGUGACUGGGAUUUAUUAAUUUUGCAUUACCUUGGAUUAGAUCAUAUUGGUCAUCUGGCUGGACCAGAUAGUCAUCUGGUUGGACCAAAGCUCAGUGAAAUGGAUAACAUUGUUCAGAAGAUUCACAUGGAACUACUGAACAAGCAAGGUGAAACGACUCUGCCUAGUUUAUUGAUAUUGUGCGGAGAUCAUGGAAUGUCAGACACAGGUAGUCAUGGAGGAGCUUCAAGUCAUGAAGUGAACACUCCAUUGGUUCUUCUCAGUCCUGCUUUCAGAAAGAAAGAUUCAUUCACUGUUUCUGAAUAUGUUGAGCAGACAGACCUCAGCUCCACGUUGGCGUUAGGACUGGGUUUGCCUAUUCCAAGGAACAAUUUGGGGUGUCUCAUCCUAAGGGUACUUGAGGAAAGGUCUUUAAGGGAACAGUUUAGAUAUUUGCAUCUUAAUGGAUACCAACUUAGUAAGCUGGUUCAAGAAAGUAUUCCUACAUAUGAAAAAGAUGUUGGGUACAAACUAUUUGGAAUAGCACAAAAAUCUCAUGGUUCCUGGAUAAAACUUUACUUCGAAGGUAAUACUUCGGAGACUCUCGCAAACCUAGGAAAGAAGGUAUUGAGGCAGUAUUUGGAUGCCUUGAAGUUAAUGAGUUCCUCACUUUCCAAAAUUGUGGCACAGUAUGAUAUGUACUCCAUGAUUAUGGGCACGAUUAUUGUGGUGGAGGUUAUUCUCCUCCUGAUAGUAAGUACUUCAGAUGCACUGGGCAGCACUGCUGAAUUUGAAGUACCAUUGUCAGCAGCAUUCUACUCCCUCCUGUUCUAUCUGCUGUGUCUGAUGUUAACAGCUAUUCAUAUUAUCAUAUGUACAUCGACAAAGACAUCUUGCUACUUUUGCAAUGUAUCCUGGCUACUGGCUGCAACAGUGAUUGUAUUGAUAUCUGCCCUGCAGUGUGUGCUGAUUUCAACUCUUUGGAAGCGUCUUACAAACGGGAAGCCUCAACACAAGAGUUGUGCAGCAGCCAAUUCGAGCUGGUCUGAAUUAGAUUUGCUUCUGUUACUUGGGACAUUUGGACAUACCUUGAGCCUCGGAUCCAGCAGUUUUAUAGAAGAAGAACAUCAAACGUGGUACUUCCUUACCAACACGCUUUUGUUGGUGCUCUUUCAAGAUGUCUGCAGAAAAUACUUUGCAGCCAAUGACCUCAAAUCAAAACAAAGCAAGAAUCCAGAAGACGAUGAUUGCCAUGAACAGCAAACUGCUAUCCAUGGCUUAUUUGAAACUUCCAGUUGUGACCAGAAAGAUGAUACAUCCAAAGGUUAUACACGUUCGGGUGAAAGCUAUGAAAAGUGGCUGACUUUAUUGAGCCCCUGGAUUAUCCUAGUGUUUUGUCGGGUACUCCGCUCCCUCAACCAGACUGGGAUCAAAUGGGCUCACGAACCAGACUUUGGCCACUGGCUGACUAGCUCCAGUCAUAGAACUGAACUCUCCAUACUGGCAGCAGUUUCGCUCUUUUUGAUCUUUAUUUUGGUUCAGAGGACAUGUUCCACUGUUUCUAAAGCAGCACUGGCACUGGGGUUGGUGGGAAUUUACUGCUAUCGGGCAGCAAUUGGAAACCUAACAUUCCCAUGGAAUCCAGAUAAACAUAUUUCAAAGGGAAUUAUUGAAGCACGUUUUGUUUAUGUGUUUAUCCUCGGAAUCCUUUUUACGGGAGUUAAAGACCUGUUGAAAUCUGCAUUCGCUUUCCCUGACACGACAACAAACAGUAGGGGACUCUGGGAAAUGUACAACGGACUUGUGCUCUUGGCUGCACUGCUGCUUCGCCCUCACAACUUGCCAGUCUUGUUGUUUAUCCUUGUCGUUCAAUUAAUCUUAACAAAAUUUAUAUGGAGAAUACUGGAUUAUGAUGCAGCGCAAAUUACCAUAAUAUAUUAUUGGUUUGGCCAGGCGUCUUUUUACUUUCAGGGAAAUUCGAAUAGCAUUGCAACUGUGGACGUAUCAGCUGGUUUUGUGGGUUUCGAGAAUUAUGUCGAAUUGCCAGCAGUCUUCCUUACACUAUUCAGCACUUAUAUAGGCCCACUACUGUGGGCUGUGCAUCUAACAUGUUACAUGAGCUCAGAGAGAAACAGGUAUUCGGCAGCAGUGGGGCACAGCUGUUACUGUUUAGUUCUAUUACGAGCAAUCCCAGCGUCAGUUUAUAUUAUUCUGGUUACCUCUCUUCGCUAUCAUCUAUUUGUCUGGAGUGUUUUCUCUCCAAAAUUGCUGUACGAAGGUAUGCAUACACUUGUGACAGCAGCAGCCUGUGUCAUGUUCACAGCAAUGGAUCAGAAACGGAUGACAACAAUCUUAAAAAAGUGAAGUGUACUGGAUUUGUGUGUAUAUUUGUAAAAAUUUUCAAAAUCUAUAAUGUAAUUUCAAUUCUUGUGAAAGCAAAUAGUUGAGAUUGUGUGAAAUUGCAAUAUAAAACUAUCGCUUCUGUUUUAUAACUCUUAAAAAUCUGCACCCAAAAGAACUUUUAAGAGGUGAAAGAGCAUGGACAACAAUGAAUCUAUUACCCAUUUUCUGCUGCUACCAAAGAUUAGUUUUAUUAUCUUACCCCAACCCUGAAAUUAUUGAACAGUGUCUUCCUUUUUGAGAGCAUUUAACACAUUGCCCAUACGAAAAAGAGAACCCGCAUAUACAAACAGUUUAUUUUCACUCCUCUUUCUAUACCCUUCAGUAUACCUUUAUUUCAAAAAAAUAGGUUUUUGAAAAUAUAAUUUUAUGGACUUUAACAAAACAAGUUGUAGCAGCAAAUUUCAAAUAUCAAACAUUAUCUUUUUUUAAACCAACCUCUUAAAAAUUCUGUUUUGGUGACUGCCUUAGAUUUGAACCCCACCACGAUGUUUCAAGAAAUUUCAUUUGAAUUUUCGGUAGAACAGUUGGCUCUGGUCCAUGAGAAUAUAUUAGCAAAGACCAACAGGGCUUAUGAGUCAAGUUUACAUAAUUCAGCAACCCCAGACCAACACUAAAUGAAUUCAUGCUUCAAAAAAUUUAACUAAGGGCUAGAAUACUCCGCUCAUCAAUCUUGCCAUUGUUUUUGAGGUUUAUAUUUUAUUAUAUGGCAUUUUAACCUGAAUUCACAUUCUUGUAAGUAAAUGAAAUUGGAUGAUUAAGCUCAAGCAGAUUAUUACUUCAGUCUCACCUGUUGUAUUGAGUCUAACUUAGUCCACGACAUCAAGAAUGGCCGAGUCUGCAGCAAUGGGAAACUAAAUGGAUAACUGGGAUUUAACAUGCAUGCUUCAGAACCUGUUAUGACUUGAGUAGGAAAAGAUCAGGUGAUUUUAAGUAUGUUUACAAGAACAUAAAGUACAAAGACAAAAUGUAGAUUUGCAUUUCUAUACUGUCCUCUCCAUCUGUCCAACAGAAUUUCAGUACAGCCAGUGUUAAAAUUCUACAAGAAUUAAUGUACAAAUCAUUCUACACUUGCCACCAGUUACAUAGCCUUAUUCUAUCAGGACAGAUGGGGGAUUGUUAGCUUUGAUAAAAGUAGACAGGGAUAAUUUCUAGAUCAGAGUGGUGCUAGAAAAGCACAGUCAGUCAGGCUGCAUCCGAGGAGCAGGAAAAUCGAUGGUUCGGGCAAAAGCCCUUCAUCAGGACUCGAACCGUCGAUUUUCCUGCUCCUCAGAUGCUGCCUGACCAGCUGUGCUUUUCCAGCACCACUCUAAUCUAGACUCUGGUUUCCAGCAUUUGCAAUCCUCAUUUUGCCUAGGGAUACUUUCUGCACACCGGGGCAGACAGAUGAACCACAAUGGCAUUAGUGAGGUUGUUAAUGAUCCCACACCGGUUAAAUAAAUUGAGGAGUUACACUACUUUUUUCAAAAAAAGUGUAAAUGGACUAGACUGUGUGAUUUAUAAACAGGACUUAUGAAAUAAAAAUCUUUUGUUUUACUAAGUCUGCUUGAUGAUCCACGGAAGUUAAAUUUCUAUUUUUCAAAGCAAGAGAAUAA